AUGGAUCUAACAAAGUACUUUUCGAUCCAGAUUUUCUUCAUUAUUCUUCGAGAAACGCUCGAGACGGCAAUCAUCAUUUCCGUUUUGCUUUCGUUCAUCAACAAGCGCGAGCCCGAAGAUGAUUCAGAGCAAUCCCAACAUAUAAAAAGCAUUAACAAAAAGCUCCGGCUUCAGGUCUGGCUCGGCGCCAUUUGCGGCUUGCUAGUGUGUUUUUUGAUCGGCCUAGUGUUUAUUGGCUUUUUCUAUUUCGUGGAAACAGAUCUCUGGUCGUACACAGAGAGACUCUGGGAAGGAGUGUUUUCGCUUCUUUCUAGCGUGGUCAUCACCAUGAUGGGCGUUGGCCUUUUGCGGAUCAACAAGGUGAUGAAGAUCAAGUGGUGGAUCAAGCUCGGCAGCGCCUACCACGGUGAAGAGCCGCAGAAACUUGACGUGGGCCAGAUUCUGGAAGCUGAUCCACUUGAGGCUGACGCAGUGGCUGAAGAAGGACUGACCCGGGCGCUUCUCGGCCUGAAGAAGCCACAGGAGUCGUUCUCCCAGCGUUAUUUCUUGGCCAUUUUGCCGUUUGUCACGACUUUGCGUGAGGGUUUGGAAGCGGUGGUUUUCAUUGGCGGAAUCGGCAUGUCUCAGCCGCCCAGCUCUCUCCCGUUGGCUGUUUUGGCCGGUCUUCUUUUGGGCUCGGCCAUCGGCUUAUCACUCUACAAGGGCGGAAACAAGUUGUCGCUCCAGUACUUUUUGAUUUUCUCCACAUGCUUUCUUUACAUGGUCAGUGCUGGUCUUAUGAGCCGAGGCGUGUGGUUUUUGGAGUUGGAAACGUAUGUACGCAAGUGUGGCGGCCUUGACGUCAGCGAGACCGGAAGCGGACCUGGUUCCUAUGAUGUGGCCAAUACUAUUUGGCAUGUCAACUGUUGCAACGGUUUGACCGACGGAUGGUGGAUGGUGGCCAAUGCUAUAGUUGGUUGGACCAACACGGCCACGUACGGAAGUGUGUUUUCUUAUUUGGCCUAUUGGCUUUCAGUUUCGUUCUGGCUUCGUUUGAGGUUGUACGAUGAAAGACACGGCGUCUUGCCAUUUAUACCCAUCAAGUGGCAGCUCAACCGUAUUAGAAAGAAGUUGCACAUCUACGACGCUCGUCUUUUGCACGAAUCCCAAACUUAG